AUGAGUGACAUCCAGAAUAUAUUCGACUUUAUUGUCGUCGGCGGCGGACCAGCCGGCUGCACUCUCGCAACAAGCCUUGCAAAGAGCGCAGCCAAACCCAGUAUUCUACUCCUCGAGGCUGGCGGAUCCAACGGGGCGAAGAAUCUACGUAUAGACGGCAGGCGAUGGUGCACGUUUAUUGACGAAGCACGGUCGAUGAACUGGGGACUUAAAACUGCACCCCUGGCUCAAUGUAACGGGCGGCAAAUUGACUAUAGCACAGGCAAGGGCCUGGGUGGUGGGAGCGCCAUUAAUUUUGGUGUCUUUGCUGUCGGUGCGCGUGAUGAUUAUGAGGGAUGGGCGGAGGCUGUGGAAGAUUCGAGCUUUGGUUGGAGAAAUAUGCAGGAGAGGAUUAAACGACUGGAGAGCUUCUCGGGGCUGGAAGAUGGAAAAAAUAAUAAACAGUAUGGACAUCCUGCUGGGGAAAAUCAUGGGUUUUCUGGGCCGUUGAAAGUUGGUUACGCAAAGCAAUGGGAUAGAGACCUUGUGCCUCUGUUGGACUCCUUCGUCGAGGCUGGACUGGAGAGGAAUUUCGACCACAAUUCUGGCAAUCCGCUUGGUCUGGGACUGACCAUCAACUCUGCAGGUAAUGGCAGAAGAACUACCGCUGCAGAUAUACUGGCUGAGGCCCCGGAUAACUUGGUUAUUAUCACCGACAGCCCGGUACAACGCGUACUGCUGGAGGGCAAAAAGGCAGUUGGUGUGCAGACAAAGGGGAAUACAUACCUUGCACGGAACGAGGUCAUUCUGUCCACCGGAUCCCUGGUGACCCCCAAGAUCUUGAUGCACUCAGGAAUUGGUCCUGCGACCCAACUCACCAAUUUCAAUAUCCCAGUUGUACAAGACCUUCCGGCUGUUGGUCAAGGACUCAAAGACCACCCAUUCGCGCCCAUGAUUCUGGCUCGAGACCCAUCGACAAACGACCGCAACGCCUUCUUCCAAGACAAGAAAGCCAUGGCCGAUGCACUGGAGCAAUGGGAGAAAGACGGCACCGGACCAUGGGCCAGCUACGGCUGUCAGAUUGGCAGUGGAUGGUUCAAGUCCGAUCGUAUCACCUCGUCUGCCGAGUUCAAGGCCCUGCCGAGUGCUGUUCGAGAAUUCAUGACCCGCGAGACAAUUCCGCAGUACGAGCUGAUCACCAACUUCCCAGUCCACCUUGUCCUUCCAGAGCUGUUCCAGGACUACUCCUACAUCUGCUUGACCCUCUUCCUAAUGAACGAGCAGGCUACUGGUGAGGUGAAACUGCAGUCUGCCGACCCGGAUGAACCCCUGCUGGUCGACCCAAAGUUUCUCGAGCAUCCAUUCGAUCGCCGGGCCUGUAUAGAGAUCUAUCGGCACGUCUUAGAACUGACCAAACACCCUGCCAUAGCCAAAGACACGACCGCCACAAUCCUUGGGUCCAAGUCAGAGUCCGACGAGGAUAUCCUGGAGCAUUGGAAGAACAAUCUUUCUUCUAGCUGGCACAUGACGGGGACAGUGAAGAUGGGAAAAAACAAUGCAGAUGCAGCAGUGAAUAGCCACUUCCAGGUUUUUGGAAUCGACAAGCUGCGAGUCGCCGAUAUGAGCGUUGUGCCGGUGCUAACAAAUAACCACACGCAAGCAACGGCCUAUUUGACGGGGGCAACUUGUGCAGAUGUUUUGAUCAGCGAGUACAAAUUAGGCCGGGCAAAGUAG